AUGGGGAAAAGGUCCAUGUCAACCGCUAGCCUGCAAAAGGAAGAAGAAAAAGAAGAGGAAUAUUCUUCUCUUGAUUACGUAGAUGGCAAUAUUAUAGAAAGGGACGUUACUCUAUAUGAAGACAGUGCUAUCAUAGAGGACGAUGUUACAAAGCGUUUUUCGUCGGCCGAACUUCGUGUCUGGAAUCUUCUGGCUCGGAAUCAAAAUUAUUAUUUUCACAACACAUCGUGCAAGAAAACGUUAAUGGCGUUGUGGCUUCUGGGUUUCGUCAUUCGUUAUCUAUUGCUCUUUCCUUGUCGACUUGCUGUUUGUUUCUUUGCCGUUGGAUUGACGUGGUUUUGUGGCUACCUUAAAAACCUUUUUCCAGGUACUGCACUGGGUAAAUGGCUUACUGGACCGGGUUAUCAGCGUUGCAUCCGUCUUAAUCUCUGUGCGUAUGCUGCUAUAAUUCGCUUUCACAAUCCUGAAAAUCGCCCUAAGCCCAACACGAUUUGUGUCGCAAACCAUACCACUCCCAUUGACUUCGCAGUUCUUGCCAGUGACAAUACUUAUGCUGUGAUUGGCCAACGCCAGGGCGGUUUCUUCGGCAUGGUAGAGAACAUCCUGUCGAGCGCGGUGCCAACAAUCUGGUUCGAUCGUGGUGAAGUCUUCGAUCGCAGCGCCGUCACCGAACGCAUGAAGGAGCACGUGUCGACGCCAGGCGCCCUGCCCAUCCUCAUCUUCCCCGAGGGGACCUGUAUCAAUAACACAUCAGUGAUGAAGUUUAAAAAGGGCUGUUUUGAGGUUGGCGCGGUUAUUCACCCGGUGGCCAUUAAGUACGACCCCAAAUACGCCGAUUGCUUUUGGAACAGCAGCCAAGACGGGCUUUUCCACUACCUGCUGAAACUCAUGACAUCGUGGGCCAUGGUUGUCGACGUCUGGUACCUCCCGCCCGAGACGCUGCAACCCGGUGAAGACGGAAUCAGCUUCUCUGGACGUGUCAAGCGGAAGAUAGCAGAGCGAGGGGGUCUCGUCGAUAUGGAUUGGGACGGUGAGCUCAAACGCAGCCAACCGAAGCCAAAUCUGCGACUCGCUCAGCAAAAACUCUUCAGCGACUUUAUCGGUGCCGACGAGGACAAGUGA